AAAGAUUUGGCCUCCUUGGCUCGUCCUUGCUUAUUGACGGUGUCAAUAGAGGCAUUGCAACAGGACCGAUAGGAUUGCCAUCUGCAUGAUCUAUCUCUUGUGAAAAGCCAAUAAGACAGAGGAUAGUUAAUAAGAACCAUGCGACCGAAACGGAGUGCUGGUGACGGCACAGCAGACAAGGCUGCUGUGAAAAAAGCCAAGGUUCACAGUGAUCUGGCUACCUCCUUAUCGUCUCUGUACAAACGUUGUGUCCCCGAAGUCUCGGACCAGCAUCCUCGUGAAGAUCAGUUGCUGGAUGCCGAAGAACGAGGGGAAUUAUCGCAGACGGUUUGGCCCUUUUUGGUGGAGAAGCACGCGAAAGGAGGAGACCAUCGACAAGAUAUUCUGUGGUUCCAUGGGUGUCAUCUACUGGCUCUGCUGGUAUCUUUGCACUGUCGAGAAGGAACGUUUCCCGCAUCGACGCCUCUGGCGUUCAUGACGCAGCAACAAUCGGAAGAGGAUAACAACGACAAAGAGACAAGAACCCGAAAUAGAGCCGUCUUGGAGGAUGCCGUGCAGACACUGGUAUAUCAUGAUCAAAAGGGAUUUCGAUUUCAAACCACAGUCAUCCACUUGGUUCUCAUUGCCAACACGUGCAGCGAUCAUGCUCUCACUGUUUGCAAUCCAGGAUUGAUCCUUUGGAAAGUGAUGCCCGAAAGAAGACGGGAGCUGGAAUUCAAACGAUAUCCCAUGUUGCAAAAGAAAUUCGCAGCCAUUGCCAAGAAUGACAACAACGACAAGAAGAAACCUUUUCUGGUCCUACUCUUGUCCAAAAUUGUGCACUUGUUGGAGGGAGAAACCGAUGGACAUGGCAAGCGGUUACUUCAUUUCUAUGAUGCCUUGGAGGAGGCAGAGAAGGACAAUGAUGCUAAGCAGAAUAGUAAUAAUAUGGAGGUGGAUCAGCAAGAAGACGACAAUAAUAACGAUGGUAAUGAACCAUCCACCAGUGUCAGAAUUGAGAAGGCAGCCUCAUCCGAUGUUUGGACAUUUCUGCAUCGCUCCCUGGAGCUUAUGAUUGACUUGUUAUCCAACCACGAGACACGACAAUACCUGGUUGUAUACAUGGAUUCCAUGCACUUUACUGUCCGGUGUCGGCUGGCCGUGGGAAACCGAAAUGCCAGAUUCGAACCUCUUCGUUUGGCACAACAGCUCUUGCAACGCAUCAAUCGAUUAAUGACACUGUUGCCCUUGGAAACCAGUGUGGUCGUCAACACCCAGAUGAGCCUCAAGAGCUUGUCACCGACGCCUGUCGACAUUGUCUCGCUGCAUCAUCGACGAGCCACCACGUUACAAAAAAUGUGCCAUCGACACUAUCCUCAUCUCAAGGACGUGAUUUACGCUGGGGUAGGAUUGCUAUGCAACAAUCAUCAUAAUCAGCGCAACAACAAGAACAAGAACAAGAACAACAAUAGCAUUGGUGCCGAAGGCAAUGCCAAAUACGUACGACGCGUCUUGGGUGGCCUCAAGGAAGGACAAUUGGACGAAUUGCUACACCGGCUACGACUCGUCGACAGCAAAACGACGGAAGACGUCACCGAAGAACGAAAUGAUGCAUUCUUGUGGGCUGUACUCUUGGAGUAUCUCACCAUUCCACCGCAUCCCCUGGAACAGUUGAAAUCGUUUCCCCUAUAUCCUACCGAAACGGUUCUAUGGGACCACAACUUGAUUCCUCCCACCCACUUGGCCAUGCGGCAAACCGGACCCGUCUUGUCGCUGCCAAAACUCAACAAGCGAUUCUUGUCGUAUCAAGAUUAUCUGCUCCGAAACUUUGAACUGGUCAGGCUCGAAAGUGCCUACGAAAUUCGAUCUGACUUGGUAGAUGUCAUUAGACGACUCCGGCCAGUCGUGCGACAAUCCAUGGAUAUCGAUCAAGGUGAGGAUAUUGUGUUGAAAACCGAAUUUCGAGGUUGGGCACGCAUGGCUCUGGAACUGGACGAUGUGGUGCAGAUCAAAAGGGUGGAUCCACCGACGUUGGGGAAUGUCUUGCCAGCACAGGUGGUGGCAGAGUUUGCCAUUGAUCUGCAACCAUGUGGAGACUCCAUUCGUCGAGAGUGGGAUCAGCUGGCCGAAUUUGACAAUCUGUUUUUGGUCACCGUCGACGCUAGCAAAAUGACUGGCGCGGCGGCACCCGCCAUGCGAGACUUUUAUCGAGAACAACACCAAAAGCCCUUUUCGGAACGGGAUCUCGACCGACGAGUUCCAGACGAAGAAGAUGGCACCUUUCCCCAGCGUUUUGGGGUGGCUGCUGUCCGCGGGUGUAUGGUGCUGCAGGUUCGAGAUGAACAAGGAAAUGUCUUGAGCGAUCCCAGUUCCAAAGAAUCGCCGAGUGGGACCAAACGCAUCUUUCGUGUCGCAUUGGAUCCUGCCCAGUAUGUUAUGGACCGAAAGGUGGGGACAGAGCUCUACGCGAUGAUGAAUCUAGUUGUCAGGAGAAAGGGCAGCGAAAAUAACUUCAAAUCGGUGUUGGAAACAAUUCGGGGUUUGAUGGAUGGUGUGGCAUCCAUCAGUCGGGUGAUGCCAUCGUGGCUUCAAAUGAUUCUCUUGGGUUUGGGCGAUCCUACCUCAGCAUCGUACAAAUCGAGUACUGUACGGUCAUACGCCAGAAAAACUGUGGGAGUGGCCAAGCCUGAUGCAGCUUUGGAUUUUGGCGACACGUUUUUAGACGAAAAACAUUUGCGAGAGGCGCUCGCAACUUCGUCCAUGAAAAUCACAGUCGAUGACAGGGACAAAUUGCCAGGUGAUGCCGAGGCAAGCGGUGGGCGCAAGAAUUACAGGAUCAGGUUUGUAGAAGGGGCCAACGAGAUUGAAGCCACGUCGUAUCCAUUUCCGUCAGACUGCAGUGGAAAUCCCGUACGAUUCACUCGGCCUCAAGUCGAAGCGAUCCGUGCAGGCUUGUCGCCUGGUCUCAGUCUCGUUGUAGGACCACCGGGUACAGGAAAAACCGAUGUCGCUGUUCAGAUCAUUGCUAGUCUCUAUCAUUCCUUCCCUGCUCAGCGCACAGUGAUCAUCACGCACUCAAACGCAGCUUUGAACGACAUCUUCCAGAAGGUCAUGUCCAGAGGUGACAUAAACGAAAGAUAUAUGGUGCGACUUGGAUCAGGUGAACGCGAUCUCGAAACGUCUUCAACGCACGAUUUCUCCAAACCUGGCCGUGUGGCAUACUCUCUACACCAACGCUCUAAGCUUCUCGAGCAGGUCCAGCUGUUGUCGGAGUCACUUGGGGUCAGUAGCCAGCAAGACCGCGGAAAGGAUGGAUCCGCGGCAUACACCUGUGAAACAGCAGAGUACUUCUUCUUUGACCACGUGCAAAAACGAAUCCAAAUGUUUGAAAAGAAUCUUGCGUUGACUGGAGAGAAGGAAGCGCCCGACCUCGAGGUAACAGGCAUAUUCCCGUUCGGUGCUUACAACCAAGUCGGAGAGAACGAAAAGGUCACUCUAUCUCGUGCCCGCGAGAGCUUUGAGAAACUGAACCAGAUGUUUGCAGAGCUCGCAGAAUAUCGUCCGUUGGAGCUGCUCCAUUCGCAGAGACGGAGAGUGGAUUAUCUUAUUAUGAAGCAGGCUCGAAUCGUUGCGAUGACCUGCACGCAUGCUGCGAUUGCCCGUUCUCACUUGAUUGAAAUUGGAUUCGAAUACGACAACGUUGUGAUGGAAGAAGCUGGACAAAUGUCGGAUAUUGAAACAUUCAUCCCGCUGCUGCUCCAACGGGGCGAAUCCGACGAGUCUUCGAGAAGUUCAGCAGGUGUUUCGCGUCUGAAGCGGGUCUGCUUAAUGGGGGACCAUAAGCAACUACCACCGGUGGUCAAGAACACGGCGUUCUCAAAAUUCAGCAAUCUCGACCAGAGCCUAUUCUCCCGACUCAUUCGGUUGGACGUUCCAUACGUGCAGCUCGACAAGCAAGGGAGAGCUCGGGCAGAAAUUGCCAGCUUGUACAGCUGGCGCUACAAGAAUCUUGGAGAUCUUGAUCAUGUGCAACAAUCGAAGGAAUUCCAGCUCGUCAACUCUGGAUUUGCCCACACAUUCCAAAUCAUUAACGUGGAAGACUUCGAGGGCAAGGGCGAAUCAUCCCCAACGGCAUACUUCUACCAGAACGUUGGCGAAGCCGAAUACGCCGUGGCUUUGUUCCAGUACAUGGUAUUGAUUGGACACUCUCCAGAGAAAAUCACCAUUCUGACCACCUACAACGGUCAGAAAGCUCUGAUUCAAGACAUUCUGGCGCAACGGUGUGGCGAGGGCACCCCCCUGGCUGGCAUCCGACCUGGUGCUGUUUCGACGGUGGAUAAGUAUCAAGGACAGCAGAACGAUUUCAUUCUCUUGUCGCUGGUACGAACACACCACGUGGGGCACAUUCGCGAUAUACGGCGUUUGGUGGUGGCUGUUUCGAGAUCUCGCCUGGGAUUGUACGUCUUUUGCCGGCAGUCCCUGUUUGCCAAGUGCCACGAACUCAAGAGGACGCUGGACCAAUUCACAGCACGCCCCAGCAAAUUGCAGCUAGUUCUGGGCGAGAGCCAUCCCACGGAACGAACUUUGAACGAUAAGAUCCCAAAGGACAAACUGUUUGAAGUAGAAGACGUGUCUCAUCUUGGUUCAAUGGUGCAUACGAUGCAAGAGGAAUUAAUCAAUUCUCAAAUGGAAGAAGCAGAAGUACCAACAGGUCAAGAAGGAGCGGCAGAUGCAACAACGGGGGAGUGAGGUUGCCUUGGAUUCCUCACUGAUCGCUCGUUCUAUGUCCUCUUGGCUGGUUGGUUAUACCCGUAUAGAGAACAAGUUGAUUGGGGCUAAGUUUACUGUUAAACAUUACGGCUGCUUUCCUCCUCGCUUUGUGGCUGCGUUAGUUAAAAAUAGAUAAUGCAAUGAUCUAUUUC